CCUAGGAGACCAUGUUUUCGAAUACUGCAUCGUGUCCAGGCAAUAGAAAUGAUUGGGAAAAUCAAGACCAGCACUGGAAUUGUUCUAAAACGAAUAAAGUCUAUCAUUGUCUUUUUGAUAAUAAUGGAAAUCUAGGAGAAAUAUGCCUCAGAGGACCCCCUGCACAGGUUCAAAAAAAUUUCUGCCCUCAGUACAAUCAGGUGGCCAGAGAUGUAACUACUGUUCUUUGUGAUAAGUCAGCUGGGUGUCCCAAUAAGUCAUUUUCUUCCAAUGAGGUAUAUAAAUAUCCAGUUUGUCUACAGGGCAUAUAUACAGAUACUACAGAGAGUCAAAGACCAAGUACAAUAAGGAAAGCUAGAUGGCAUUCAAUAAAAACAGAAAUGGUCGAGUAA